GGAACGCAGGAUCUGGAGGAAAGCUGUGCCUUUAAUUCACCGGGUGCAAAAGUACACAGAGAGAGAGAGAGAGAGAGAGAGAGAGCCCUCCAAGGCAUCCCAUUACAGUGGAAUAAGCUGAAGUACCAGCCUCAGCUAUAUAAAACAGCAGAAGUGGUUCAUUGCAACCACUGUUUGCCUUACUGUCCAGCAUCGCUCUGCCUCAUCCCUUCUCGCUCUCCUCCUCCACCACCUCCACUGUGGACCGAACAUCGUCUGUGACAGGCAGAGCUCCAAGGAGCACCGCUAAGCACCCUUGCUCAACACCCUAUUUUUAUUAUCUCGCUGGAGAUCUGGGCAAAGCAUGACGGACUAACACCUACCUAAAAGGUGCAACAAGAGGAAGGAGAACUGGAUGAUCUUGUCUCAUCUGAGGGUGGCUUUCUUAUUCCGCUUUCGACUGUGAACACAAACCAACGUUAGAGUAUUGCACAGGAACUAAGCCUCAAUAUGGGAUUCCCUACCUGGUUUCUGGCUUUAUUGGCCAUGUCUCUAUCCCCUCAAGAUAUUAACGGAGGACUCAUCAAGAGAAUCAUUCGGCAGAAGAGGGAGACCGGGAUCAACAUGACGUUGCCCGAAGACAACCAACCGGUGGUCUUCAACCACGUCUACAAUAUCAAUGUUCCAGUGGGCUCCCUUUGUUCUGUGGACUUAGACCCGGCCAGCGGGGACUCCGAACUCAAAACUCAGACGGAGCCCAGCAAACACUACCAGGAGCACACCUUGAAUGAGGAGAACCAGAUUGUCUUCACGCACAGGAUAAACAUCCCUCGUCGGGCUUGCGGUUGCGCGGCGGCCCCAGAUAUCAAGGAUCUGUUGAGCAGGCUGGAAGAACUGGAGGGCCUGGUGUCCUCUCUACGAGAUCAGUGUGGUAGUGGUGCUGGGUGCUGUCCUAGUGGACAAAACGUGGAAGGUCGCACCGAUGUCGCCCCCUAUUGCAGCGGACGUGGAAAUUACAGCAACGAUAUCUGUGGCUGUAUCUGCGAACCUGGGUGGAAAGGACCCAACUGCUCGGACCCCGAAUGCCCCUCGAAUUGCAACAGCAGGGGCCGGUGCAUCAAUGGCAAGUGUCUUUGUGACGAAGGCUACACCGGAGAGGACUGCGAGCAGCGGACAUGUCCGGGCGACUGCAACGACCAGGGUAAAUGCGUUGAUGGGCGGUGCGUGUGCUUUGAGGGCUACGGGGGUGAGGACUGCAGCCUGGAAGUGUGCCUGCCGCCCUGCAGCACACACGGCAAGUGUGUCAAUGGGCAAUGCCUCUGUGAUGAAGGCUUCAGCGGGCCCGACUGCAGCCAGUCCUUGUGCCCCAACAACUGCCACAACCGAGGCCGCUGUGUCGAAGAGGAGUGCGUCUGCGACGAGGGAUACACCGGGGAAGACUGUGGCGAGCUUGUCUGUCCCAACGACUGCUACGACCGAGGGCGUUGCGUCAAUGGGACCUGCUAUUGCGAAGCCGGGUUCACGGGAGAGGACUGCGGGGAGGUGGCCUGUCCCAACGACUGCCACGGCAAUGGCCGGUGUGAGAAUGGGGUGUGUGAAUGCUACGAAGGCUUCACAGGGGACGACUGUGCGGACCGGAGGUGCCCCAACGACUGCCACCGGCGUGGGCGUUGUGUUAAUGGGCAGUGCGUGUGCAGUGAGGGCUUCUUGGGGCCUGACUGUGGAGAAGUGAGGUGCCCCAACGACUGCCACAACCGAGGGCGUUGUGUCAAUGGCCAGUGUGUGUGUGAUGAAAGGUUCAUGGGGGAGGACUGUAGCGAGCUGAGAUGUCCCAACGACUGCCACAACCGAGGGCGCUGCAUCAAUGGCCAGUGUGAGUGCGAUGAGGGCUUCAUGGGGGACGACUGCGGAGACCUGAAAUGUCCCAACGACUGCCACAACAGAGGGCGUUGCGUCAAUGGGCAGUGCGUUUGCGACGAGGGCUUUGUGGGUGAGGACUGUGGGGAGCGGCGGUGCCCCAAUGACUGCCACAGCCGGGGCCGCUGUGUGGACGGACAGUGUGUGUGUGAAGAGGCCUUCACAGGGGUGGACUGUGGAGAACUGAGGUGCCCCAACGACUGCAACAACCAAGGCCGCUGUGUCGACGGCCAGUGCGUGUGUGAUGAAGGCUACACCGGGGAAGACUGCGCCGAACGGCAAUGUCCCAACGACUGCAACAGCCGCGGCCUCUGCGUCAACGGCGUGUGUAUGUGCAACCAGGGCUUUGUGGGCGUCGACUGCCUCGAAUUGGCUUGCCCCAACAAUUGCCACGACCGUGGCCGUUGCAUCAACGGCCAGUGUGUGUGUGACGAGGGCUACACCGGGGUGGACUGUGGCCAACGCCGGUGUCCCAAAGACUGCAGCAACCGGGGGCGAUGCGUCGACGGGGUGUGCGUGUGCGACGAGGGAUACCAAGGGGUGGACUGCAGCCAACGCUCCUGCCUCAACAAUUGCAACGAUCUCGGUCGCUGCGUAGAUGGGCGAUGUGUUUGCGAAGAAGGCUACGUCGGUGACGACUGUUCUGAUG